CCUCCCGCUCAAAAGCAGGUCCUCAGCUCCGUGUCUGCAGCAACCAGCCCUGCUCUGUGGGGUGCCGACUCCCAGGGGACAACAGAUAGGAUGACCCACUACACGGUGACCGUGAAUGGGGCGGACAUGGCCUCUGCGCUGUCCCAGCCCACCCACAUCAACAUCCACAUCCACCAGGAAUCGGUUUGGACACAACUGCUGAAAUCUGGGGGCUCCCUGAAGGAGCUCUUCGCUGGCCCUCGGGGCACUGGCCCUCCCACAGCCAGGAUAAGCCAGGGGCUGCUGGCAGGAGGGGUGACCCAGAUAUUACUGGGGGCUGUGAGCUGUGCCUUUGGAGUGCUUCUGUACUUUGGGCCCUGGACCGAGCUGCGUGGCUCAGGCUGUGCCUUCUGGGCAGGAUCUGUGGCUAUUGCAGCAGGAGUUGGAACCCUUGUCCAUGAGAAGCACCGGAGCUUGCUUUCAGGCUGGGCGUCAGGUUUGCUUACCUUGGCUGGCAUUGCCACGGGCGUGGCUGCUGUUGUCUUCUCUGUGAACAGCAUCAUCUGGGAGAGCGAUGACCUCUUCAGUUCCGUGUGUGACCUCCCAGUCCCUGCCACCACAAUCAUGGAUUACCAAUGGAUGCAGAGAGACACUGACUCAGUGUGGCAGAAGGCUAGGUGUAAAAUCUCCAUGCACUUACUGAGGAAAUUGUUCCUAGGAAUCCGUAUUCUGCUCCUGGCUGUCUGUGCCCUUCAGGUCAUUGUAUCCUUGGCUUCCCUCAGCCUGGGUCUUCAAAGCUUGUGUGGCCAGAGCUCCCAGCCCACGGGUGAGGAAGAGUCUGAGAAGAAGCUGCUGGGGGAGAAUUCAGUGCCUCCCUCCCCAUCCAAGGAGAAGACCACACCUGCCAUGGUCCUGUGA